AUGUCGAGUCCUCUGGAGGUUCAAAACAAGGCCACGAUGCAUAUCACUACGCCCUUAGUGCCGUCUCUCAUCCCCACAUCAGCGCUCUUGUACUACGACUACGCCAUCACGUGGCCACGCGAGGUUCAACACUUCUGGAUAUGCAAAUUCUCUUUCGCGACUGCCCUAUACUUCAUAUGUCGUUAUGGGAUGGUGUCGAACGUCAUCUAUGCCCUUGCGCUGGCAGAAAAGCUCCCAAUGAUGAGGGGAUAUCGGCUGGCUGCCAUAGUGGCAUGCAUCGGGAGGAUAGCUAUUGUUUUGGUCUGGGGUCUCAGGACAUAUGCCAUCUCUAACAGGAAUAUAUGCGUUUUGACCAUCUUUGGGCUAUUUGGAUCGUCUGUUAUCGGCCUCGCAAUCCUGCAUGUCCCGUAUGCCGCGUGUAACGGUUAUCGAGGGACUCCUCCAGGUACGCAGGAGACCACGGUCGCUCAGCUUCGAUGUCUAUUCACUGAUGCGGUGAUUCCUCUCUCUUCAGUCCCGUACCUUCUCCCAAUUUUCACGGUGAUCUUUGAGACUUCGGCGGUCGUAUUCACUACAGGCCGAACUCUGAAAGCCCUCGCCGUCGACAAUACUUCGUGGCGUGACGCAAAACGAGGAUUGCCCUUCUUGAUCUUUAAACACGGUGGGCUUUCAGUGUCAAGUCUUUCCUGGCGAUUCAGUCCUCAAUCAGCGUCACUCGCAUGUUAUUUGAAGCUCCGUGACAAUUCUUACGAUCUGCACAGUGGUCCUUCAGCAUGCUGCUCCGGUUGCGUGUCAUGGCCCCACUGCGAUAUCCCCCGUCGUCUUGAUACACCUUUACAGGAAGGAUUCUUUAUCCAACGGCUGCUGAACGCGCACACGCUCCCGCUCUCCGGUCUCAUGACCGCGCGAUUCCUCCUCCACCUUCGCGUUUGGAGCCAUCGCCAAAGCACGAACACAUUCGUGGAGACUCCCAGUGUAGUUUUGUUCAAGAAGAUCAGGGCUGAUGCGCAAACGGGAUGUUCGGCGCGGGCCAGUUGCGUCAUGCGCUCGAUAGUGGACGAGUUCGGGGAGGAUCCCGUGGUGCAGGCUCAUCAGCGGGCUGUCUCGAAAGGCGACGUGGAGGAUAUAGAACGUGCGGAGAGGCAUGCAGAAGUCGAGAAUACAACAUAA